CGCAACUGUCUCGAGUUACAGUUACAUCAAACGAGACGUUUUACGUAGGUUUUCUGCGAUUCGCACUUUCACUGUCCGGUCGAAAUUUCUCCCAGAAGAAAUUCAUCGGUACCACGAUCAUCAUCAAUGUCGCAAAGAGAUGAGUUCUUGGAGAAAACACCGGCAGCCAACGAGGAUCUGCUUAGGUCAACCGUUGGCGACUUCGGAAGAUGGCAGUUCAAAAUAUCCUUCCUGAUGGCAAUGCUCAAAUUCCCAAUCGCCUGGUUCCACCUUAGUAUCGUAUUCCUUGCCCCACCCACACAAUUUUGGUGCGCACCACCCAAAAAUAGCCACAUCGACACCAAGAAAUGGCUAAAUGACACCACCCCUAAAUCUCCAAUAAAUCACGAGGGUUUGAAUGUUGGUUAUUGCGAAAUGGUAAACGGCAAUGAAACUUUACCUUGUGUCUAUGGUUAUGAGUACAAUAGGACGAUUUUUCACAGUUCCAUCAUCACGGAAUGGGAUUUGGUAUGCGGCCAUCAAAGACUCAUUGAUAUUUCACAAGUUACAUUAAUGUUGGGAGUAAUUAUUGGAAAUGUGGUUUUUGGCAUACUGGCCGACAGAAAAGGUCGCAAGAACGUCUUGACAGUCUGCAUACUCCUGCAAUCAAUCUUCGGAUUUGUUUGUGCUUGGAUCCCUUGGUACUGGGGUUACAUUUUGGCCCGGCUGUUCGUGGGCGUUUUUAAUGGAGGUACCAUCGUCACAUCGUUUGUGAUGUGUAUGGAAGUGGUCGGGGGAAAGUGGCGAACCAUCGUUCCAAUCCUGUACCAAAUUCCUUUCGGAUUUGGCAACUCUAUUAUGUCCGGAAUCGCUUAUCUCUUGAGAGAUUGGAGGCAGUUGCAAAUGGCCAUUUCCACCCUUUCCGCCUUUUACAUUGUAUAUUACUUUUUGAUUUCUGAGUCGCCAAGAUGGCUGAUUGCUGUCGGAAGACGAGAGGAAGCCAUAGCAAUUCUGCAGAAUGCUUCAAAGUCUAACAAAAGAGAUCCUGAGGUUGUUACUCGAGCAAUGGCCGAUAUAACGAACGCAAACACUCCAACGCCUCAAAAUCCCAAGUCUACUUUUUCCGCUCUGUUCUGCACACCUGUUUUGCGCAAGCGGAGCUACUUGUUAUGCCUGAAUUGGACGAUUGCUGGUAUAACUUUUUAUGCAUUUUCCCAAUAUUUGGGUCACGUAACCCAGAACCUUUACAUGACGGUGGCAUUGGGAGGAUUGAUAGCUCUUCCAGGAACAUUCCUGUGCAUUUACAUCUUGAGCGUUUGCGGGAGAAGGAUCACCAUAGCAGGCGGGUUUACUUGCACCGGACUUUGUUUCCUGGCGAUUUUGGGCGUGCCUAAGGGAAUGUUCAUACACGAUUGGCCCAGGAUGGCCUGUGCGGGAUUGGGAAUCAUGGGACUGUCGAUAUCCAUGUCGGCAAUGUAUCUCUUCACGGGAGAACUGUUCCCCACGGUGAACCGUAACGCAGGUGUUGGAGCUACGGUGAUGUUCUCCAGGAUAGGUUCCAUGAUCGCACCCUUGGUUAUAGCUUUGGAGGGUUCCUCGCAAUAUUUGCCUUUAAUAUUUUUGGGUUGUGCCUCGUUAUUGGAAGCAAUUAUUAUUUUACAACUGCCGGAAACUAAAGGACAACCUUUGCCGGAAACUAUAGAGGAUGUACAAAAAAGAAAUAAAAGUGCCAAACUCAGAGAUGUGAUGUAGGAUGAUUUUUAUUUAUCAAUAAUGUAUAUAAUUUAUUUUAGGUUAAUAAAGAAUAUUGUUUUUUA